AUGGCUCAGUAUUGGAGCAAUAUCUUCAUGCUGCUGCUGCGGGCUCUGAUCUUUGCCCCCCAAGCACUUCUCCAUGGUUUCCAGUGUCCCAUCAGCUGCUCCUGCUCUUUCUCUGAAUGGUUUGUAAAAUGCUCCAAUGCCAGCUUGUCUUCUCUUCCCAGUGGUAUUCCGCACACCACAGUGGAACUUGACUUGCAGUUCAAUCAGUUCAACAGCUUGCGGGAAGACACUUUCCCAGAUUUGCUUGAGCUCAGCACUCUUUACCUUGGGAACAGCCAGGUGCGUCAAAUUGAGCCCGGAGCUUUCCAGGGUGUGAGGAAUUUGUACCAUCUCUAUCUGGACAACUGUCUCCUAGAAGAAAUCCCAGGAGGAGUGUUUGAAAAUUUGACUAAUCUAGCCUUCCUGCAUUUAGAGCAUAACUGCAUUGCUUACAUCUCACCAGGUGCAUUUUCCUCUUUGAAGCGAUUGAGCUCCCUGGAUCUGAGCUACAAUCGGUUGACUGAACUUUCAGACCAGGCCCUUAGGGGUCUCGAACAGCUACGCCAGCUUCACCUCAGCACUAACCUUAUUGCCAACUUGUCAGCCAGAGCCCUCCCGGGCAAGCUGCGCACUCUCUACCUUGACCAGAAUCAACUAGAUAAGGUGCCUGGCACCAUCCGCACCUCGACAACACUCUCCACCUUGCACUUGAGUGGCAACCACAUCUCGCAGCUGACCUCCCUUUCCUUUGGGCGGAAGCUUCGCUCUCUGAAGCAGCUGUUUUUGGAUAAUCUUGAUCUAAAAAAGAUUGCCACCUUAGCAUUCAAAAGGCUACGCAGACUCGAGGUCUUGAGCCUGAGAAACAACAGUUUGGAGUCACUGCCAUCUCUAGAAUCACUGAAAUAUCUCUCCAUUCUUUAUCUGACUGGAAACAAAUGGCAGUGUGAUUGCAACUUGAUCUGGCUACGUACCUGGCAGAAGAAAGCUAUGAGAAAAGAACGCAGCCUGGUGGAGUGCGGCUCCCCCAAGGCCCUUCAGGGACAACUCCUAGUGAAUACAGAGUUACAGAAACUGACUUGUCCUCCUUUUCAAAUUGAUUCUGCCUUCAACUCCUCUGCAAAUACUGCACUCAAGACCACUAUUCCACCCAAUGAAAGACUUCUACCACAAGCUACAACUGCACAGACUACUACUGCUGCUACUUUCACUACUUUAAUUACCAGCAGGAUCAUCUCCACAGCAAGAACAAGUACUCAAAAUAACUACCAUGUAUUAGAGAAAUACGAUCCCUGCCUACCUAACCACAUUAGCAGCAUCCACACACAGGAAAAGGGAGACACUGCUCUAGUAGUUACCUGGUCGUCCUCUGGGGACCAUGACCAGUUUGAAGUGCGCUGCAAGUCUGCUGUGGAUGAGCAAAUAUUGCGAGUGACUGGAGGGUUAACAGAGAUGGAGUUUCAUCAUCUACAACCAGGGACCGAGUACAGAAUAUGUAUCAUUCCCCAGAAUGACAACCUCUUGAAAUGUGUGGCUCCAACAGCCCAACAGUGCACAUCAGGACACACCAGAACCCACCCUGUACCUCAACACAGAAGUUUAGCCCUAGGAAUUGGUGUCACUGCUAGCAUUCUAGCACUGAUGGCCCUGCCCCUUUUUGCCUUUUAUAGACAGAGGUUCCAACAAAUCCAGUUCCGACGCUACUAUGAUGAAGACAGUCCAUCUUUUCAGUGCCAAGGUAUUCCACAGUCCAAGCUGACCACAGAGCCUGUCUAUGAGACCUUAUAG